CAGACAGUGUUGUAACGUAUACUGUACUGAGGUGGAGACACAUUACACCUAUUUCUCUCCUCCUCCUCUUCCUCACCACAUCUACUGACAUUAUAUACAGUGUGUCUGCUGGGAUCUAUUAUAAAACAUAGUAAGAAGAUGGCGUUAGAAGGCGUACAGCUGAAGGCCACCAAGGAAGUGGAGGACUUUGACAUUGAUGACAUCGACAAAAUCCUGUCACAGCUGACCGCAGAGGAGAUUGAUGAGCUAAAUGGCGACUUCGACCCUGAUAACUCGUUCCUGCCGCCGAGUCAGCGUAUGAAGCCUCAGACCUCGAAGGAUCCCACCGGUCCGUACAAACGGGAAAAGCUGCUCGCCUUCUUGGAGAAAAAAGCUAAGAACGAGAAAGACUGGGAACAGAUGAAACCAUACGUCAAGGAGACAAAAGGGAAAGUAUACGAGCGUAAAGAGGAACCAAAGGCAGCUAUACACGAGGACGAGACGGUACAGACCGAGUGGGACGACAUCUUAUCUGAGGCUACAGAGGAGGAGCUCGUCGACCUCGCUGCUGUGUUGGGAUUCCACGGCAUGUUGAACCAGACACAGUACUACGCCUCCCUGGAGAGUGAGGAUAUUUCACACACAGGCAGCUUCUCAGAUGGCGGUCAUGCCAAGGCACAGGCGCUUAAGAUGGUGCCUGCUGAGCCCCCUAACAAUACUGACGUGGAGGAGAGUAUAAAACAGAUAAAGGCCAACGACGCCAAGCUCAAAACACUGAACCUGAAUAACAUCAAGAAUAUUUCAAACGAGCGUCAAACUGAGAUUGUAGAGGGACUUAAAACCAACACCUGUCUGGAAACUCUAGAGAUGGCCAACGUCGCAAUGACGGACAAAGUCGCCUCCGUUAUCCCUGAUGUACUCAAAGCCAACAAGACACUCAAGGUGCUGAGUCUGGAGUCAAACUUCAUCAGCGGCGAAACGUUGGUAGAGAUAGUUAAGGCCAUUAACGAGAACCAGGUACUGCAGGAACUCCGGUUUGCUAACCAGAAACCGGAGGCACUUGGAAACAAGGUGGAGAUGAAACUGCUGAAGCUGAUCGAGGCCAACACUUCCCUACUUAGGUUUGGUAUUCAUUUUGAAUUCCCUGAACCCAGGGUCCGCAUCCACGACAAAAUCCAAAACAACAACGACCUGUUGAGGAAAAAACGGUUAGAAGAUGGCAGCAAAUCACAAUCCUAGGCUUAUGUAAACUAUGCUGUGAUUGGAUGGUGACCGACCUUCGCAAUCCUAGGAAUCUCGUGACGAAAGACAUAGACAUGUUAGAACUAUUACAAUUAAGUAAAACUUUCCCAUCGGAAGAAGGAGAGUGUCUCUGUGCCAUUUGGGAAGACCAGUCCCAUCUAUAAACAUCGCCGGACAUCCUAAUCCUUGGUCAGGGUCUGUAUGGGACGUCCCAGACCAGGAGCAAAACAGUACAUACCCCUGUCCUGUCCAAAUGUCCCAUGGCUUGUACAAACCCAGUGGGUGGGACAUCCUUCGAGAAAUUUUAUGCUCCAAACCCUUGAAGUGGGACAUCCUUGCUCUUGGCAGACCUCUCGUGGAUCUGGGAAGUAGUUUUAUCCAUGAGGGGGGACAUUCUUGUAAUGUGAUACUCAAAUGACUGAAUCUACAAAACCUCUCUCAUCACUUACAUUAGUACCCAAACUGGCUCAUCAUCACAGCAAUCGACUCUGCUUGGUCAGAAUUGUGGUCUAAUAUUAUAAGUAGGGCUGCAACGACACGAUCCGUAUCGCAAUACUGUGGUCACGAUACUGUGGUCACGUUACAUAUAUUAACAGUAGAAGCAAUGAGAAAAGAUAUAUAUUGCAAAUUUUUAAUGGUAACAUUACAAUUGGAAAUUGACUUGGUCCAAAAUGGGCAUGACUUUUCACACAAUUAACGCCUUCGGAGGUGCAUACCAAACUGGAGCUGUCUCUCGCCAUGUUUGAACUGAUAUGAGAAGACUUAAUUCAGAAACGACAAACUCUGUAAAAUAUUGUUAUAUAUCGUUGCAGCCCUACUAUUAAGCUAUUGACCUACAUAACACAGCUUAUGUUGUGUGCUUUGUCAGGUUAUAGGCUGGAGAUGUUGACUCUAUAGAAACACAGACUGUAGAUGGCCUGAAACAUAAUAUCUGCUUUGUGGCUCAAUGUUGUGGGUCGCAGAGCUUUCAAACCUGCUCUGUAAACAUAGUAAGCUGUGGAGCUGUUAGGCAGUAAUACAAACUUACUAUAUUGGCUUCUCAUAAAAGAUUAUAUAGCAAAACAUUAAGGAGAGGUUUAAUAAUUGUAUAAUGUUACGAUAGAACUAUUUGAGAAGCAGUGUCUUACUGAACCUACAUUUGUACUUGUUUAUAUAAUGAUGAAAUCAUGUGAUAUGUAAUCUUAAUAUGCUAGUGUAAUUUAUAGAUAACUAGUGGAUAAUUAGUGAAUGAAAUAUUCAUGUAUUUUUUAACUAAUGAACAGUUAAUCGAUGCUCAAUACUUGUCAAGUCACAAUUGGAGACAUCCGGUUUAAGUUGGCUGGAUGGUUUCUAUGUUAGAGUUACCCAGACCUCCCCAAGCUGCCGUUAUUGUGAGGUGUUUCCUGUGAAUUUUUAGUUGAUCUAUGGAUAAUAGUUUUGUUUUAAAAAUAUGAGAGAGAAAGUGAACGGAUUUCCUAUUAAGUGUGAGAGUGAGAGAAUAGCGUAAAACGUGAGAGUUGGUGCACAAAAGACAUGAAAGUGAUAGAGAAAGAUUGUCUGGAACGGAGAGCGAAUAUGUGCACCUUUAGCUGCUGUCCACAUACCAGUCGACCAAUCAGGGGAGACAACCCCUUAUCAGGGGAGACCACCCUGAUUUUAAGGAGGAAACUCCUGAUCAGGGGGGGUUACCCUUUAUCAGGGGAUGUUGACCCUAUCAGGGAAGACAACCUACUGCACGCUUGUCAUUUGUUUUUAGCAAUAAUAUCUAUUGGUUGUUGAAGUAUUACAUUAUGUGUUUUCUACUUAGAAAAUUGUAUUAUUUCUUAAAUUAUUCCCCUUGUAUUGAAUUCUAUAAUGUAUAACCUAGGUGAUGAUUUAUAUAUUAAUAACACUUCUUUUUUUGUCGUAUGAAGCCAGCUAUAUAUAAAUAUAUCAGUGGUUUCUGGUUAUCUGUAAAUGUCCCCCAGUUUUUAUGUAAACCAUAUAUGGACCUAGCUCAUUCUAUUUCAUCUACAGCAAUAAACAUACUGUAGUGGCCACAACUGACCUUAUUACUGUCAGAUAACACUUACUAAAAGACAUUAACAGCCGUCUCAAGGCAUAGUUCGAUGGUCAGUCACUGGGAAGGUUUGUCAUUUAUUAUCUUGCCAAUGCUUGCUGGUCAGUUUCUACCAGAUGUUUUCUGGUCAGUUUCUACCAAAUGGUCAGUCUCUGGCCACUAUUUGUUGGUCAGUCUUUGGCCACUGUUUAAUGGUCAGUCACUGGCCACUAUUUGUCAGUCCCUGGCCACAGAUUUCCUGUCAGUCCCUGACAACUGUUUGCUGGUCAGUCUCUGGCCACCAAUUGUUGGUCAGUCUUUGGCCACUGGUUACUGGCCAGUCUUUGGCCACUGUUUACUGGUCAGUCCCUGGCCACAGAUGACCUGUCAGUGUCUGACCACCGUUCGAUGCCUACCUGACUAGUCAGCCUAGCACUAUAUGUAGAGUGUCUAUGCUACCCAAGGUGCUUGCCAUGUUUUAUCUGGAAGAGAAGUCAAAAUCAACUUUAUAUCUCUAGCUUUGUCCCAAUUUUCAAAAAGGGAAAAAAUAAUCGUGACUAUUUCUAAAAAAAAAUAUAAGUUCAGUUUGAAAUUUGAAAUAAUAAUGAAAAAGUGCCAUUUCUUAAAAAUAACUGUAAUUUGAAAGAAUGUAUAGUUUGAGUAAUGAUAUAAAAAAAACUAUUGAUAUGGUUGGUAUUGAUUAUAAAAAAAAAUACGCAUUAAAUUUCAGAUAUUGUUUCAUAAAUGUGGACAGAAAUGUCAUGUAGAAAGUAUAUUUAAACAUGAUCAAAUAGCUGAUGAUAAUGAAAAUACAACAGACACUUUUGUUUUCUUUAGAGAUAUCGGGACAUGAGCUGUUUUUAGCAAAAUUGAAGAAGAAUUCAGGUCCUUUAUGAAAUGUACUUAACACUUUAUCUUUGAACUUUAUCUCUAUAUUUAUUUGCUUAUUAAGCUUGUAAGAUUUCUAGAUGAAGAUUUUUUUAUAGCAGAUCUGAGAACGCUUCAUGUGACCUUUUACACUCGGAUAGUUGUAGAUCCCAGCACUCCUAGACCGGUACAGGCCGGCCGCAAUAAAAACAAAACGUCAA